CACAAAUUAAACACGUAGGCCAUCUAUUAAACUCUUUGGACUGUAAUGAACUCGUUGUACAACCACGGGAUCAAACAGACCCAGCUUAUCAGCAAGGACUUGUCCUCAUUUGAAGGCAAUCUUUCUACUUCACCCCUUUCACUCCAAGGUUCAAUUUCAACCUCCAUUACAGCAUUCAGGAAAACCAUAAAGGAGUAUGGAGACCUUGUUAAUCAAAAUAUAAAGGAUGAAAGUAAUGCGAAACAUGAACAGCGAUUGACGAAGUUCCAGCUGGAUCUACAGGACUUUAGCGCGAAGUUUGACUCCCUCAGAAAGCAAAGAGAUAACUUGACCCAUGAGGCAAACAAACAGGAGUUGUUGGGCCGUAGACACGGAGGUGUAGGUGGUGUCGGGGAUUCCCAGGGCGCGUCACUGUCGGACAAUCCAUUUGCACAACUGCAGCAACAACAACAACAACUUUCAUACCUGGAGGGACUCUACAAUGAAAGAAUGUCGCUUUCUAGAGGAACACAGCAAUUGGAUCACAUUUUAGAAAUGGGCCAACAAACGUUUGAAGAUAUUGUAGAACAAAAUGAUAUCUUACGUAAGUUGGGAGCAAAGUUUGAAGAAAGUCUUGUCACAUUGGGGGUAAGUCAAGGAACCAUCAAAAGAAUUGAAAAGAGAGCUAAGCAAGAUAAAUGGCUCUUUUGGGGAUGUGUAAUUUUAAUGUUUGUAUGUUUCUGGUAUAUACUAAGAGUUUUCCGUUAGAAAAAAGAAUACAAAUAAUUAGCAUUGAUUGGUAAUGUAGUACAAUAUCAACCAUUUA